AUGGCGGCCCCUUCUAUCAUCACUGGCACCCCUCUCGCCCUCCGGGUGCCCAACAUAGCUACUACACCAGGAGCAAACGAUCCUCUUGCCCUGCCACCAGGAACUACUUCAAAAAAAUUCGCAGAAUACAUUUCUCGUGCUGAAGAGAUAAUUGGUGCCGAAAAUAUCAUCAUCAUCAAGAAAAAAGAAGAGCUCACAAAAGAGCUCUAUACCGACCCCUCCAAAGCGCACGAUAUGUACCAUCUUUUCGACAAAGAUUACUUUGUUGUAUCCGCCACUAUUGCACCCCGCAACGUUGAAGAAGUUCAAGCAAUUGUCAGACUCUGCAACGAGUUCGAGAUCCCGCUUUGGCCAUUCUCAAUUGGCAGAAAUGUGGGAUAUGGAGGGGCAGCCCCAAGAGUUCCCGGAAGCAUAGGUCUAGACAUGGGCAAAAACAUGAAUAAGGUGCUAGAGGUUAACACUGAUGGAGCAUAUGCACUGUUAGAGCCAGGUGUAACCUUCUUUGGCUUAUACGACUACUUGAAGGAGAAUAAAUUAGAUGACCAACUCUGGAUCGAUACUCCAGAUUUGGGUGGUGGUUCUGUUGUUGGAAACACCAUUGAGCGUGGUGUUGGAUAUACCCCAUACGGAGACCAUUUUAUGAUGCAUUGCGGUCUCGAGGUCGUGCUUCCUACCGGAGAGCUCAUCAGAACAGGUAUGGGAGCUUUGCCCGACCCAACACAACCAACGGUUGAGGGUGGAAGUAUAGAUCAACAGCCAGGAAACAAGUGCUGGCAGUUGUUCCCUUACGGUUUUGGUCCAUAUAAUGAUGGUAUCUUCUCACAAAGUAACCUUGGUAUUGUGACUAAGAUGGGUAUCUGGCUUAUGCCAAACCCAGGAGGUUACCAACCUUAUCUAAUUACUUUCCCAAAAGACACUGAUCUGCCAAAGAUCGUUGAUAUCAUCCGUCCACUCCGACUACAAAUGGUCAUCCAGAACGUGCCUUCAAUCCGACAUAUCCUCCUUGAUGCUGCAGUAAUGGGAACCAAGAAAUCAUACUACGAUGUUGAUCGACCCCUCACCGAAGAAGAACUUGAUGCCAUAGCUAAGAAGCUUAAUCUUGGUCGUUGGAACUUCUACGGCGCGGUGUAUGGCCCCAAGCCUGUACGCGAUGUCCUCUGGCAAGUCGUUCAGGAUGCUUUUGGAACUAUUGAAGGUGCCAAAUUUUUCCUUCCGGAAGACAUCAAGGAGAAGUGCGUUCUUCACGUUCGUGCAAAGACCCUACAAGGUAUUCCAACAAUUGAUGAGCUUUCCUGGGUGGAUUGGCUACCCAACGGUGCCCAUCUCUUCUUCUCGCCUAUUUCCAAGAUCUCUGGUGAAGAUGCGACCAAGCAGUACGCCCUUACGCAAAAGAUGACUCUCGAGGCAGGCUUCGAUUUCAUCGGAACAUUCACCAUUGGUAUGCGUGAGAUGCAUCAUAUUGUAUGCUUAGUAUUCGACCGUGAAGAUGAGGAUCAGAAACGUCGGGCUAACAAGCUUAUCCGUGAGCUCAUUCAAGUUUGUGCCGAUAACGGAUGGGGAGAGUACAGAACUCAUAUUGCCUUGAUGGACCAGAUUUCCGAAACAUACGGCUGGAACGAUAAUGCGCAGAUGAAGUUAAACGAGAAAAUCAAGAACGCUCUUGACCCCAAGGGGAUUUUGGCACCGGGGAAGAAUGGUGUCUGGCCUGCAUCUGAACCACCAGUUGACAAACGUCCAAGUGUGGCUGAGAUACUCGCACAUAAAUCGUAUCAAGACACGAUAUGGAGACUGGAGCCAACGAAAAGUGGAAAGUUGCCCAUUGGAAAAGGUAGAGGAGGACCAUUCAAUAUUGACUGGGAGGUUCAUGGCAGUGGCGAGACGAAGGUUGUAUGGAUUAUGGGCUUGGGCUCCAAUAAGUCAACAUGGCAAAGACAAACCCUUUACUUUGGUCACGAAAGAGAAAAUGAAUACUCUUCUCUGGUAUUUGAUAAUCGAGGAAUGGGCCUAUCGGAUACUCCCAUCAUUCGAUAUUCUACCUCAGAAAUGGCCAAAGAUUGUAUCGAGCUGCUCGAUCAUCUAGGUUGGACGAAGGAUCGACAAUUGAACAUUACUGGAGUUAGUAUGGGCGGGAUGAUUGCACAGGAACUGGCAUUGAUGAUACCAAAUCGAAUUGCCAGUCUCAACUUACUCUCCACGUGUGCUCAUAUCGAAAACACAACCACCUUUUUUGAGAACAUGCGCACAAGAGUUAUGAUGUUCGUUCCUAAGCCACUUGAUCGAGCUGUUCUCGAUGCAUCUCUGUCACUGUUCCCCGCUUCGUGGCUGUCAUUGCCAGAUACUAUCCAUCUGCCAACGGAAUCAACCUCAAUGGUUCGAUCCCCACCAGGCCAUCCUUUCCCUUACGCACGCUUCUCCACGAACUACGAGCGCUUUGCUGCUGCCGAACUAAAGAAACGGCUCGAUCCUAAGUCUUUCAAAACAAUCGGGUUUCUGCUACAGGCCAUUGCUGCUGGUUGGCAUCACAAGAGCCCCGCGCAAUUAAAAGAGUUAGGAGACAAAGUGGGAAGGGACAGAAUUUCUGUCAUGCAUGGCACAAAAGAUCAACUAAUAUCUUUUCCCCAUGGUGAAAAGCUCAUCGCAUAUCUCCAACCAGGUAAACGGGAAAUCCGAGAAGGCGUUGGACAUGCAAUACCUAUUCAGGAGGAAGAAUGGUUUAAUAAUCAGAUGCAGGCAUUUUUUUAA